UAGUCAAGAUGUUCUCUGCUUUAAAGAAGCUUGUUGGCUCUGAGCCGGUUGGUCCGGUAAAGGACAAGAACAUCCCUGCUGGCCUACAGUCUAUGAACCAGAGUCUGCAGAGAAGAUUCGCUAAAGGGGUUCAGUACAACAUGAAGAUUGUUAUCCGAGGAGAUCGAAACACUGGGAAAAGCACCCUUUGGCAUCGACUGCAGGGUAAAAAGUUCCAGGAGGAGUAUAUUCCCACUCAGGAGAUCCAGGUCACUAGCAUCCACUGGAAUUACAAAACUACUGAUGAUGUGGUGAAGGUGGAGGUUUGGGAUGUGGUGGAUAAAGGCCAAAAAAUCCCCCUUCCAGAAGGUGUAGGUAAGGGAAAAAAGAGAAGUGAAACCUUGAAGUUGGAAAAUGAACCUCAAGAGCAGGCGGAGGGUGAACUGGCCUUGGACGCAGAGUUUUUGGAUGUAUAUAAAAACUGCAAUGGUGUGAUUAUGAUGUUCGACAUCACCAAGCAGUGGACCUAUAAUUACAUUCUUCGGGAGCUGCCUAAGGUGCCAACUCAUGUGCCAGUGUGUGUGCUCGGAAAUUACCGGGACAUGGGAGAACACAGAGUCGUUUUGCCUGAUGACAUCCGUGACUUCAUCACUGGUCUUAAUAGGCCUCUUGGCUCCUCUUAUAUCCAUUAUGCAGAAUCUUCCAUGAAGAACGGUUUUGGCUUGAAGUAUUUGCACCGAUUUUUCAACAUUCCAUUCUUGCAGCUUCAGAGAGAGACCCUGUUACGACAGCUAGAGACUAAUCAGUUGGACAUCGAUGCCACGCUGGAAGAGCUAUCAGUUCAACAGGAGACAGAAGACCAGAAUUAUGAUAUUUUCCUGGAAAUGAACGACUCCCGUAGUAAAGGCUACAACUCUCCCGGCCCCGCUAACGGACAGAGUCCUUCCUCUGGCUCGCAAUCUCCCGUGGUUCCUCAAAGCGGAUGCUCCACCAGCAGCUCCAGCCCCUGUAGCCCUCAGCAGCCUCCCAUUCCCUCUCAGAAGUCUCCAUCCCCCUCUCCGUCCCCUCCUCCUCCUUCUCUCUCCACCAGCCAAGCUCCCCUAGUGUCUCCCUCCCCAUCCCCGUCCCCUGCUCACCCCGGCCCAGCCGUCUCUGCUGCUCAGGCUCAGGCUCCUGCUCCUCAAAGCCAGAAACGCAGCUUCAUCUCCAGGCUCUUUGGCUCCGUUUCCACCCAGGAUCCUCCAGCAGUUUCUCAGGAGCCAGAUCCAGUAUCUGAGGCGGCUCCGCCUACAGUGCAGAGUGUGGAUGAUUUUGUGCCAGACGAAGGGAUAGACAAAAGCUUCUUGGAGGACAGUCUCCCUUCCAACACAAGAGCGGCUAUGAACACCCAGCCGUCUGCUGCUGCGGGCACCGCAGAUAGUGACAGUGAUGGGGAAGGAAGAGAAGGCAAUCCUAUGGUUGCUGGCUUCCAGGAUGAUUUGGACCCUGAUGAUGCAGAAAUAAAGCCCAAAGCUUCUAUUUCAAGUAAAGGCUUGGAUAUCACCCUCUCCAGCGACGAGGAGGGUCCAAGACCUUCUGUUGCUCAGGAUGAAGACCUGGACCCUCAAACUCACCUGGUGACUCUGGAUUCAUUAUCACUGGAGGACAAUCCAAAACCUGUCGGCAAAGAGCCAACGAUCCAAACCCAGGAGAUCAUCCAGGAGAUCAGCAGUCAGAAAGCGGAGACUUCAAUUCUUACUCCCACUCCGUUACACACUACUCCAGCUCUGCAGAUGCCAUCCACACAUCCUCAAGAGCAGGCUGUAAAAGCCAAACCUAGUUCAGCUCAGGCAGAAUCCUCUGACUCAGACCCAGACGUACCUGUGGCCACACAGAUGCUCUCGUUUGUCAUGGACGACCCUGACUUUGACAGCGAGGAGGAAGUCGUCCAGAAAGUCAGUCAGGAAUCGUUCCCAGUUAGAGAUGAUCUUCCUGAUUUAUCUGAUGAUGAUAUCACUGCAGCUAAAAUCCCGGAGCCAAUAAAGCCUACUGUACUCUCCUUCAAAAGUAAAAACGACGGUGACCUCUUUGGCCUGGGAAUCGAGGAAAAGUCGAUCAAAAGCAAAGACAGCAGUGAUGAACAAGAUGAAAACAAGCAUUCAAAGGAAAAGAAGAAAAAGAAAAAGAGGAGUAAAGAGGAUGAUGACAAAAGCAGCAAGAAGAAACACAAGCACAAGAAAAAGGAAAGGGAUGAGGCAGGUGGGGCCUCGGAUGAAAAGGAGAAGAGGAAGAGAAAGUCACGAAGCAAGAAAACAGACGAUCUUGAAGCUUUUCUGGGCGGAGAAGAAGAAGCUUCAGCAAAAAGAGAAGAGGGUGAUUAUGAGGAACUGUAACACUCCACUUUUCUGAACGAAUUCACGCAUUGGUACCACAUGCUUGAGUUUUUUGAAAGAGAAAAUAAAUGCUUUCUUUAGCAGCCCAGCAUAUGACAAUACCAUACAAUCCGAUCGAGAGGUCAGGAAAUGCUUUCAUACUGGUUUUCCAUUUGCCACAAACACUUUCUUUCCCAGGAAAAUUGGGAACGCUGCUGUAGUUCACACUUUCAAACUGCAAUAAAUGGAAAAGCCAUGCAAAACUCCUACAGCCUGCAUGUGUAAUUUGACAAUUGUACUUUGUUUAUCAGAUCGAAACGGACCAUUUUCACUCAAAACAUUUGUGUUUUCAGAAUGUUUACAUGCUCGCUUUUUAUAUGGUUGCAAUAUUAUUGUUUGGUCACCAUCGCAUACAUGAACGACUACCACUCGAACACCAUGUUUCUCGAUGAUUUAAUGGUUUUAUUAGUUGCCUUGUGUAUGUGGAUGAAUUGGUAUUUAUGCUCUAUAGAUGUUCGAAGAGCUUGGCUUUGUGUAGUUUUUGCUGUGCGUUUAGUGUUUGAAAUGAAUAUACUGUAUUUCAUGCUUUUCCCAAAUUAUGUCAAGAAAAAUAUUUUAGGAAUGUAACUUUUUUUUCAUCAUAGCAGAGGAGUUAUUAUAAGACGUAAAUAAUUUCCCAUUCUUUAAAUUGGGACAUGCCUUAAAGGAAACUACGGUAUAUGAUGAAAAUGCAACACUUGUGAAAAGAGUGGUGAAAACUAGAAUAUCUUAUCUACUGUGUAAUUAUGCAAAAAUUGCAUUUGACCUUUUUUAUUUUGUAAUUGUAUCAUUUAGAAUUUUUGCACUCCAUUGUGUUUGUCUACAUGACUGUUUCAUGCUGGUAAAUUACAAGAAAGGUCUACGAUGUAACUUAUUUUAAAAACAUUUUGCUUCGUUUUCAGAGAAAUCACUGUUGAAACUGCUGUUGCUCGAAAACUGAAUUCAAUACAAAAUACUAGAAUAUUUUUGCCA